GGAAAUGAUUUCAUCUAGCAUAUGCACAAUGACGUAAACACGCUAGUUUGUGUAUCAAAAUUUCAAUUCCACACCUUUCUCCUCGGAAACUUCGAAGCUCUGGGCGGCCAGCCAAAAUCCGAAUUGGCGAUCAAAUGGGAACUUUGAUUCCUCAUUCUCACUCCUCAUAAGCUCAAAACCCUCCAAAUUCAAACCCCAAUUUGUCGAUUCUUUCUUCUUCUACCUAUCUGUUUCUUCCACACGACUCUGAACAUUUUGACGAAUUUGUAUAAAAAUCCCAAGAAUCGAAUUCGCACAACAAUCGGCGUGUUCCACCAUGAGUUUCUCGAUGAUGGGUUCUUCGGGGUGUGAAAUUUUGGUGCGAAAUUCGCACCAGAAGACUGUGAAGUUCCAAUUGUUCCAUGAAAGAGAGAAGAAGAUAGUGUUCAAGUUCUCCAAAUCUAGGUCUAACCCUGUGAGAGCUCUACUUAGCAAGCAUGAAGCGAUUGAGUUUGAAGAGAGGACAAGUCCCAUCGAGGUCAGAAUAGAGAUAGCAAAAUGCUAUGAAUUAAUAAACAGACUAGGUAAAGGAGUUGUUUAUCUUGGAUCUUCAAGGAUGGGACCCGAUCAUGCUCAUUACAAGCAAGCUUUUGAAUUGAGUAGAGAGAUUUCAGAACUUUUGGAUUGCACUACUUGGUCAGGUGUUGGUCCGGGUCUUAUGGAUGCGGUUACGAAAGGUGCUUUGCAAGCAGGAAACCCUGUAGGUGGAUUCAAAAUCGGUAGAGAAUCUGGUGAAUGGACAUCCUCAAAGUUUCAUCCCUACCUUCCGACAGAAACUUAUUUUACUUGCAGGUUUUUCUCUGCAAGAAAGCACGGGCUCGUCGAUGCUGCAGUUAGAAGCUGUAGUUCCGAUAGGACUGCUUUUGUUACUCUCCCUGGCGGUAUUGGUACUUUUGAUGAGGUGUUUGAGAUUCUAGCUUUGAUUCAGCUUAGGAGAAUAGGGUCAGAAUUUCCAGUUCCUUUCUUGUUGAUGAACUACGACUCUCUCUACUCGAAGUUGCUCGAAUUUUUCGAUGAUUGUGAAAAGUGGGGUACCUUGGCAAAGGGAGAGGUCGAUUCGCUUUGGAAGGUUUGUGACAAUAACGCGGAAGCCGUUGCGUAUUUGGCCAGUUUUUACAAUUUAUGUCAUCAUGAUAGAGUGAAGAAUGAAGUUGGAUUGGAAAGCACACGUUGAACUUGAAGAGGACUUGAUUGAAAUAACUUUCUAGUGUAAAUCAGUAUGGUUUUCUUCUUCUUUCCCUUGUAUUCUUCUGCAAUAGCAAUGUACCAUUUAUACCUGGAUGGAUCAUAGGCCAUGGGAAUUCCUUGGUAAUUAGCAAUUAGCAUCAUCUUUUUCCUUA